GUGAUUUCUGGGAAAAGGAGCGUCGGGCUGAAGGCAGAGAAACACACACACACACACACAGAGCAGCAGCAGCAGCAGCAGCAGCAGCAGUCAGUUCAGUCUGAAGAAGAAGAAGAAGAAGAAACUCAGAUUGGACAAAGUCAUGUCUGCAGGACGAAUGCGGUGCACGCGCAAACUCAGAGCCUGGAUAGUCGAGCAGGUCAGCAGUGGAAAAUAUCCCGGCCUGGUUUGGGACGACGAGGCUAAAACUAUGUUCCGUAUCCCGUGGAAACACGCAGGGAAGCAGGACUUCAGAAAAGACGAGGACGCCGCCAUCUUCAAGGCGUGGGCGGAGUUUAAAGGCAAGCUGACAGAUGAUAGUCAGGAUAGCCCCGCCUCCUGGAAGACACGCCUACGCUGUGCGCUCAACAAGAGUCCGGAGUUUACGGAAGUGAUGGAGCGAGCUCAGCUGGACAUUUCUGAGCCGUACAAGGUUUAUCGUCUGGUUCCUGUCAGUGAGCAGGGUUUGUUACUCCCGGAGAAGAAGAGCAGAGAGAAAAGUGUGAGGAAGUCGAGGAGGAAGAGGAGGAGGAGGAGCAGUAGCAGCAGCGAGUCAGAGAGCGACGACGUGAGUCAAGUCAAGCAGAUAAAGACGGAGGAGGUCUCGUCUCAGACGUGUGUGGAUGAAACUCUGCUGCAGAGCAACGUCACCGUGCAGACCGAGGAGCCCGUUCUCCACAGCACCACCGUCAUCCAGAGAGACGCGGUGGACGAGAUCAGACUGGACGUGCGAAUUGAGGAGAACGUCCCCGUUCAACAAGACGGCCAGGACUCCUUCAGUGUGGUGGUUCACUACUUAGGGCAAGAGGUCCUCAAGCGUCACAUACAAGGAACAGACGUGAGGAUCAAGUACCUUCCGUCUUCGCUCGUCCCCCCGACGCCGGCCGUCCUGAAGGACAGGUUUCCACGCAUCCACCUGCCCGAGCCUCCGUCCUCGCUGCCGGCCGGUGAGGAGCUGCAGGGCCUGCUCACACUGCUGCCCUUCAUGGAGAAAGGAGUGGUGCUGACCUCCAUGCAGAAGGGAGUGUACGCCAAGAGGUACUGCCAGGGGCGGGUCUUCUGGACGGGGCCACACACGACCGCGCCGGGUCUACACAAGAUGGAGAGAAACAACGAGCCGGUGCUGCUGUUCAGCAGAGACGUCUUCAAACAACAGCUGGAUCAUUACUGUGCUCAUGGCGGCGAGCCUCCGCAGUGUGGCGUCACUCUGUGUUUUGGAGAAGAACUGUGCAACGACGAGGACCCGUCCAAGAAACUCAUCAUUGUUCAGAUCACGUUUCCAUGGGCGGAGCUUCAGGUGACACAAGCCCAGUCCAUCUUCCAGUCCAUCGAGUUCCUGCAGACUCUGGCCAGUCAGUCUCCGCUCGGGGAAAUCACGCUGAACCUGGUCGCGGUGUCGCCGCAGACGACGGACUCGGUCAUCAGCUGAGGGACUAAACUCCACCCACCACCACCAUCCAGUGAAAACAGGGACUUACAGAUGAGCCGAUACCAGACUCUGGAUCAGUAUCAGUCCAAUAAGUGCCCAAAAAAAUCCCAAAUUAUGGACAAGCUGAUACGUUACCUAGUAUCGGUCCGAUACUGACCAAAAUCACCAACUAACGAUGAGCCAAUAAGAUAGUCUGAUACUGUGUGUCCAUGUGAUGCUGGACAAAAUUACAACUUAGUGACUGAUGAGCUGAUCUACUAAGGUACUCAAUAUUUGUAUCAGUCCAAUGUUGGCCAAGAUCUCCGAUUAAGGACAAGCGGAUACGAUACUUGCUACCACUAUUGGUCGGAUACCAAUCAAAAUCACUGAUUUAAAAUGAGCCAUUAUGCUAGUGAAUUUUGAUAUUGGUCCAAUAUUGGGCAAAAUGUCCAAUUAAGGAUGAGUCGAUUUGAUGCACGGUAUCGGUUUGAUAUCAGCCAAAAUCACUGAAAAGAAUUGGGAUCAUACAAUCCCGGAUAUUGGCAUCAGUAUCGUUCUACUACAAUCCUACGAUAUCGUUCUGCUGCUGAAGAAAAUACUUCAAGCACAAGACGCCUCGUUUUUUUAAAAUGGCUGCUUCGUUUAAAAGGACCACAUCGGAGUAAUAUCGGUAUGUUAUCGGACACAAAAACGUGGUAUGGAUCUUCCUCGCUCAUCUCAGAUGUUCGUCAUGUGACCAAAUCAUCUUGAUUAAGUUUGAAAUAGACGUAGUUUGUGAGGUUGUUAUUUAUGUGUUUAGAAAAUGUUCAGCACUAAAGAAACGGAAGAAAAAAAAAAGACAUUUAAGAGCUCACAAAGUGAACUUUCCGUUUCCUGGAGGUGGAUUUAUCUUUCAGGGGCAGACUCUGACGUCAUGGUAGCGGUCGUUGUUGUUUGAUUCCGAGACACUACAUGAAAAACAAACACUGAGGCGUCGUUGACACUCUUUAAAAUAAUGAAUGUUUCAGCAUUAUAGAAACCUUUUAACUGUUCAAAUAUUAAUAAAAAUCUAUCAAAACACAUCAUUUAGUUAUAGCUGCAAUAAAAAAACAUAGUAUUUCAGUAUAACCUAAAAAAAACUAGCAUCUUAAGAGUUUUAUUCUGUAAUCAAUACUUAUUCAUAUAUUCACAUCUGGGGCUGCAACUGUAACUAUUCACUUAUUCAUUAUUCAUGUUACUUUUGAUUAUUGAGGCAGUUUUGUUGGAUUCAGACUGGUUCUGAGUUUUCAGAUUCUUAAAUGUGAAUAAAAUCAGAUUUAUUUUUAAACAAUAACUCAUUGAGGCGUCGAGCUCUUCAGUUGCAGCUCUGCUCACACAUCUCUAAACCCACCUGUCGGAAAUUUAAACAUUUCAUGAUAUUUAUUUGCAUCAGUAGAUUUCCUGCCAAGUACAAGCUAAAUUUAAGUUAGUAAGUUUAGUUAAGUUUUUAGGGAGUCGCACAUUAAUUGUGACAUUGUGAAUGUUUUCCCACUGUUGAAAAUUGUUCCAGGUGCGAGAUGGGGGGGAGAGAAAGACGACAGACGUCACAGAUGUAGUUGUAAAUAUUCUUGUUAUUUAAGCGUGUUCUACGUACGUCAUAUCCAUGUUCAUUUGACAAAAUGCAUUAAAAAAUUAAAAGUGUUCAACGUGUUUGUGAUGUUGGGGGGGGGGGGGG